GUUGGUUACAUCUCACGAAAUUCACAAGCUUUGCAACAUCCUUUGGACGAACUGUUGGUCAAAAAACUACCCAACUCGAAAUCGAGACUGGUUUGCGCCGCGUAGCACCGCCAGUCAACUUUUUCAGAAGCUGCCCGCCCAGUCGACCAGCUAUUCGCAUCUCUACCCGCCGCCCCUGAAUCAACCCCCCCAAACCUGUGCCGAAACUCGUGAAGCUCUGCUUCUCGAAGCGACUGCCACCAACGACGAAUCGCAAAAAUGGCUACCAACAAUAUGCAUAACCUAACUACUCUUAUCAAGCGAUUGGAGGCUGCAACACUCCGGCUUGAGGACAUAGCUUCGUCGACGAUAGAUCUCCCUCAGGCUGUGCCAUCUCUAUCUACGACGCAGCCGACCCCGAGCGCGACUCCCGCGCCCGGCGCAACUGCUCCAGCCCCAACACCGCCCGCUGUCCAAGAGUCUUUGCCCGAAUCCAUCGAAGACUUCGAUUUGUUUAUUACCGAGUCCGUCAAUAACUAUGUCAACCUCAGUGGGAAGAUUGGGGGCCCGGUUGCCGAGCAGGCCAAGUUGUUAUUGAAAGGGCUUCAACUACAGCGGCAGUUUCUCCUGAUGACCACCAAAGCCAAGAAGCCCGAUGUGAACGGUUCCGACCAGUCCCUGUGGCAGGACCUCCUCAAGCCAAUGAGCGAGGUUAUUAUGAGCGUUCAAGGCAUCAAGGACGCGAACCGCGGCUCGGAGUUUUUCAACCACCUUAGCACCACCGCCGAGGCCGUGAUGGUCCUGGCCUGGGUCACGGUCGAGCCCAAACCGUUCAAGCACGUCGAGGUCUGCAUGGAUAGCGCGCAGCUUUUUGGAAACAAGGUUAGGAUGCAGUAUAAAGAAAAAGAUCCUCAACAUGUUCAAUGGGUUGCCUCACUGCAGCAGAUGUGUAAGGACCUUGCUGAGUACAUUAAGCAACAUUUCAGCAACGGACUGGCUUGGAACCCAAAGGGUGAACCUGUCCAACAGGUGAUGAAGACCAUGCAAUCGGCACCGUCAGGUUCCGCUCCGCCUCCGCCUGCACCACCAGCCCCUUCGGCUGGAGGACCGCCUCCCCCGCCCCCUCCUCCACCGGGACCUGCGCCAGCUUUGCAGAUCAAGGAGCAAGGGGCGGCGUCUACCCCAGCGGUCACCGGCAUCAAUGCUGUCUUCUCGGAGCUCAACAAGGGUGAGGCGGUGACCAAGGGUCUGCGCAAGGUCGACAAGUCCGAGAUGACGCAUAAGAACCCGUCUUUGAGGGCUGGCAGCACCGUUCCUGAACGGGAGGGCUCUGUUUCUUCCCGAGGCAAGAGCCCGGCUCCGGGUAAGAAGCCGAAGCCGGAAAGCAUGAGGGUUAAGAAGCCCCCGAAGAAGGAGCUUGACGGAAACAAGUGGUUCAUCGAGAACUUUGAACAGCAACCAGAACCCAUCGAGAUCGAGGCCAACAUGUCGCACUCGAUCCUCAUCAGCAAGUGCAGCGGUACCACGGUGAGAAUACACGGAAAGGCCAACGCAGUGACCAUUGAGAACACCUCGCGUCUUUCGCUCAUCAUCGACUCGCUCGUCUCCACCGUUGAUGUGGUCAAGUCGCAAAACUUUGGGCUGCAAGUAAUGGGCACCGUGCCCACGGUCCUCAUGGACCAGAUCGAUAGCGCCCAGGUCUUCUUCAGUCGCGAGAGCGCGUCGACGAGGAUCUUCACCAGCAAGUCGGCCAACAUCAACGUCAACGUCAUCGGUGCCGACGACGAUUACAAGGAGCUGCCCCUACCGUCUCAGAUGUGCCACUACUACGACGAGGCGAAGGGAGAGCUCGUGAACGAGAUUGUUGAGCACGCGGGUUGAGAAGGGGUGGUAGGCUUCGCCGGAUGAGUUGGUUAUACAGGGUGUUUUUGUUCCUGUGGUUGGGAGGCUUUUAGUCCUAUAGUUUCUGCCUGUUUUCUGCAUGGUGUGGAAAAUACCCUCUGUUGAAUUUUUUUUUUUUUUUUUUUUUUUUUU